AUACACUUUGACCUAGUGCGUAACCCGGAAGUGUAGUCCCGUCUGCAGUUUUCACAAUGAUGAGACUGGAUGACAACGAUGAUGACGUCUCCCUGUUUGAUGCCGAGGAGGAUACAGGCAGAGGAAAGUCAAAGAAGACUAAAAUCAAGCAUCCAGUGGCCUCCUUCUUCCACCUAUUCUUCAGAAUGAGUGCCAUCCUGGUGUACCUGCUCUGUGAGCUCCUCAGCAGUAGCUUCAUCGCCUGCAUGGUCACCAUCAUCCUUUUCCUGUCAGCUGACUUCUGGACCGUUAAGAAUAUCACAGGCCGGUUGAUGGUAGGCCUGAGGUGGUGGAACCAGGUGGAUGACGAUGGAAAAAGCCACUGGGUGUUUGAGUCCAGAAAGAAUCUGAGGUUUUUGUGGGGUGGCUGCCGUCUGUUGAGAAACAACAUGCUCUUGAGUACAGGUGAUGAAGACAUGGAUGUGUCAUGGUAUGUUGGGGGGAAUUCAAAGCAGCUGGUGUCAGACUCCGAGUCGAGGAUCUUCUGGCUGGGUCUAGUCGUGUGUCCUAUCAUCUGGGUCUUCUUCGUCUUCAGCACCCUCUUCUCCUUCAAGAUUAAGUGGCUGGCCGUGGUGAUCAUGGGCGUGGUGCUACAGGGGGCUAACCUGUAUGGCUAUGUUCGCUGUAAAGUGGGCAGUAGGACGAACUUGAAGAACAUGGCUACUAACUAUUUCGGACGGCAGUUUCUUAAACAGACAAUGACUAACCAAGAGGAAUCAUAAAGAAGAACAUCGACUCUUAAGAUCUGAACAUAUGUUUGCAUUAUUCUGAAUGCCCUUGUAUAUCUGGAGUUUUACUAGCAACUAAUACUGAAUAGAAAUCUUUUGGGACAUUGCUUACCUUUGACGAGUUUUCCCAUUUUGAUACCAUUUCAAGAGAGAAAUAGCAUCAUUUGUAGAUAAGGUAAGUUUUUCCACUGUAGCUCUACUGACUCAAAGCAAAUCCCUUAUCUGCUUUGAUGUUUUGCAUAUUAUCCCGAGACUUUAUACCAUAACAAUGAAAUGUUGUUUCUGACUUGUAUUAUACAAACUUGUUGCCUGUAUAAUAUUUAUGGUUGUAAAUAUAGAACAUCAAGUUCAUGUGUUCAUGUUUUUGUGCAAAUACAUUUAUAACAUUUCAAAA